AAUACCCGGUGGUGCUGGAGGGUGCCGGGCGCGCUGGCUCUGGCGUCGGUGUACAAAUGAACAAUAUUUUUAUAGUGUUUUGUAAGAAUUUGUUUUAAUCGUCACGCGAAGUACCUGAAAAGAGAUUGUUAAGUUUUGUAAAGUAUGAACAUAGAUAUAGUGUGAAGUGCUGUUGUGAUGUUCCCCGAGCAAGAGGAGAGCGAGCGCUGAGCCCGGCGCCAUGCUGAGCGUGCAGGCCAUGAUCCACCGCCAGGAGGCCGCCACGCCCCUGCGCAAGCCGGACAAGGCCUCCAGCCGCCCCGACUCCAGCGGCAGCGGCAAGGGCAGGAACAAGCGCAAGGCCGCCAAGAAGAAGCGCGACGCGGCGGCGGGCGGCGACGACGCCAUCGGAGACAUCUUCGGCGAGGUGCGGGCGCCGCCGGCCAAGGGCGAGGCGGAGGGCCGCGCCGUGGUGGCGCGCGAGUGGCUGCUGCUGCGGAACACGGAGGCGGAGCCGCAGGGGAGGCUCCCCGCCACGCCCGCGGGGGACGCCGACGCUGGUCGUCGCAGGGCGGACCCCGGCCACAGCCACGUCCCCAUCAGGAAGAAGGAGUCUCGGGCGGGCAGGAGCAAGAAGGACGCCAACGGGAACGUAAGGAUAUUCAAGGAUUCCAAAAGCUGCGCUGAAGACGCGACGGCCACGGCGCCCGCGGACACGCCCUCGAGAGGUAGCGUGGGCGCGGGAGAAGGCCGCGAAGACGCGAGCAGGACGGCGCAGGGGAGAGAGGCUUCGUCCCCGGCCGAGGGCGCAGGGCGGCUCCACCCGCAGCCGGACGCCGCAGACAGCGCGCCCACGAAGGAGGUGGUCAUCAUAGACAAGCGCCAGCCGCAGGAGGGCGCGAGGAAGAGCCGCCACGGGGCGGGAGACGCGCCCCCCGACAAGAAGGAGCGGCGGGCCGGCGUCGGCAAGAGCUCGAGCGUGAAGCGCCACAGCUCCGGCCGGAGCACGGGCUCGGAGGGCAGCACGCUGAGGAGGCUGCGGGGGCGGACCACGCAGCGCAGCAGCGCCGCCACGCAGACGCCGCCGGGGUCGCACACGGACCUCCACAAGUGCGCGCCGCCCCCGGACAACCGCCGGGGAUCCUACAGGAGCCACGACGGCUCGGGGGCGCACGGCGCGGAGCACAGGCCGCACGAGGAGCCGCCGCGGCGAGACAUCUCCGUGGGCAUCCCCGGGGCGUCGCUGCUGCUCAAGCUGGUCAUGCCGCGGGACAAGCGCUUGAGCAGGCACUCCGGGGGCUCGCCCUCGAGGGACGUGCCGCCCACCUCCCCGGCCGUGGCUCGGACGCCCGCGUCGCCCCCCCUGCCGUGGUUCUGGCCGCCCCUCCGCCACGUGGAGGCCGCCAACCCCGUGCUCCCGGUGCCUCCGCUGACGCAGUCGAGCCGGCGCGGCGGCGUGGCCGUCGGAGGCGGCGAGGCGGAGCGGGCGGCGGCUGGUCGCCCGUCAUGGAGCGCGUCGUGCCCUUCCCUCCGAGGGCGGCGCCGCCCGUGCCGCGGCCGGUCCAGGGCGACCAGCUGAGCGUGU